CGCUGCCUGCUGUGUUUUCAGCUGGUUCAAAUGUCCCCGAGGAUGGAAGAGCCUGGGCACUCACAGCUUUGGCUCAUGCUGAUCCACUUACUGCUGUUUAAGGUGUACCUGGUAAUCAUGUUGGCAUAACAUUUUUAGCAUUUUCUCUCUUUGUCUGCUCACUGAACAGAGUUUUGUAUCUGAAGUGCUGCACGAAGCACUUUAAGGUGAUGAAAGAACCUCACAGAAUUGAUGUUAUUGGGAGGUUUCCCUGAAAAAGUACAAAGGUGGAUGAAAAUUGCUACAGGAAUUUAAAAAAAGGCCAUAGCAGAUUGUGGGAGGAGCCCACAAAGUAUUUCCAGACUAGUACAGGAGCGGGGAAGAACCCUCAAAUCCUCUUCUCUCAAAUAAAGAUUAAGAAUUCCUGUUCUAUUUUUGCAGGUUAUCUUAUGAAUGAAAAAGCUGAACAGAUUGUUCAUGAAUUCUAGAGGGCACCUAGGUUGAAGCAGUGGUGAGAAUGGAGCCGUGGAGAUGUCCCGGAAAAGCCCUUUUGCCUCCUGGCUCUGUGCUAUGCUCCACUGCUUUGGGAGCUACAUCCUGGCUGACCUGCUGCUGGGAGAGGCACCCAUUGCCUACUUCAGCCACAACUCCAGUGUCAUCCUGGCCACAGCAGUGUGGUACCUGAUAUUCUUCUGUCCCAUGAACCUCUUCUACAAGUGUGUCAGCUUCCUGCCCGUGAAGCUCAUCUUCGUGGCCAUGAAGGAGGUGGUCCGGGUGCGCAAGAUCGCGGCCGGGGUGCACCACGCCCACCACCUCUACCACCACGGGUGGUUCGUGAUGAUGGCCACGGGAUGGCUCAAAGGUUCUGGUGUGGCCUUGAUGUCGAACUUUGAGCAGCUGCUGCGUGGGGUCUGGAAGCCUGAGACAAACGAAAUUCUUCAUAUGUCCUUCCCUACAAAGGCCAGUCUGUAUGGCACAGUCCUCUUCACUCUGCAGCAGACCCACUGGCUCCCCAUAUCUGAAGCCAACCUCAUCUUCUUUUUCACCAUGUUCAUGAUAGUCUGCAAGGUUUUCAUGACGGCCACUCACUCCCACGCCUCACCUUUCGCUCCGCUGGAAAACCUCAUCUGCCCCGUGAUCUUUGGCUCUGUUUCCAGUGGCCACCCAAGCCACCACCACGACCACCACGAGGUUUCCCACCCUCCUCCUCCUCCUCCUCCUGCCAAGUCCAAAGAGGAGCUGAACGAAGGCACCAGAAAACGGAAGGCAAAAAAAGCUGAAUAAAAAAACAACGGCGCAGAAAAUAGGCCAAGAAAAUUCUUCCAGAGCUGAGUCUCAAAGCCACCUGUGACCUCCUUUAUGCUCCAGUCCUUCUCUCUCAGACUCCAGAGGAGAGGUGGAAGCCAGGACACUGCCAGCUGGGUCCCUGAAUUUCAUUUUUGCUCUCUGUGCUGCUGCUUGCUUCUUGGUCUCUGGCUCUCUAUUCUGAUCAGAUUUUCAGGGAUUUGUAGGUUUGUGCCAGGGUGGUAAGUGGGUGCCACUUCCCAAACUGUCAGCAAAUCUGAUGCAGCAUUUUCAAUUGAUGUAAAAUCUUUCACUGUGUUUAUUUAUGAAUGGGGGAAUGGUUUGUGCUCCUGCGACUUUGAAUUUUCACUGACCUUUUCAGUGUCUGCCAUAACAGCAAACUGUUAAGACAAAAUGUGGAAAUCAGGUUUCAUACUCGAGGAAAUUAAGUGGCCUGGUAUGAGCCUGCACUGGUUUUUCCCAGCUCCCACACCUGCCAUAUCUCCAAGUGUUGUGAUACUUUAAAUGCAAUAAGGACAUGGCCUUUGGCCGAGCCAAACCCUGUUCAGUUCAGUUCCCUCUGAUUCUGAUGGUCAGGACACUGUAAUUUGUGUUUGCAAGAGCUCUGAAGCUGUGAAGUGCUCCCAGUGCCAUGUGUUGGCACUGUCACUAUCUUGGGCUGUGUGUAGCAUUGCUGCACGUUGUAACUGAGUCCCACCCCAAACCUCAUCCUAUUGAACCAGGGGAGAAGCAUGGCUCUGGUUUGUAAUCCUGUGGGAUACAAGAAGAGUGUGUGUGAGUGUAAGUAUUUAUUACUAUUUAUUUAUGAUUGCCAGGGCACCUAAGUCAUGGACCUGAAUCUGGCUUUUUUUUUUUUUUUUUUUUUUUUUUGACAUUUCAAUUGGAACUUCUAAUUGUGGUCUGAACCCACAGCCACGUGCUGGUUUGGGCUUGCAGUGAUCCAGGACACCCUGAACAAUCCCUGGGUGCAGGAAGAAACCUUUCCUAUAUUCUUAAAUUCACAUAGAAAGGCUAAAGCAGGGCAUUUCACACCAGCUGAUAAAAAAACACUACUUUAAAGGACUGAUAAAAGCACAUCAGCUGAAAAUACUGAUUAGCUUCUGUAGGUCCCCUCGGGCCAAAUUGCUGGGCUGUGGAUGCAGCUUGUGCCCAAGGAGUGAAGAAUCUGAACUGCCUUGCAUGGCUCAGGAGGGGUCUGUCAGCUCAUUUGUGUUCUGCUUAGUGAACACUGGCUUUUAGAGUAGCUCAAAGCUCUUCUUAUAACUGAUUUUAUUCUUAUAAAUGGCAUCUUCCAAGGGCUGGGAUCACCACAGGGAGAGUGGCAAGCCUGGGGAUGUAGCACUGGGCAUUUUCCAUCCCUAGCAGUGAGGUUUGCUGCUGUUUUUGCAGCUGGGAAUGGAAAAAGGGUUGAAGAGAAGUGAGGGUUUGUGUGUGUGUGUCCCUGUUCAAAACUGCAACUGACAAUUAAAGAUAAGAAACCCUCCUUGUGUGCAAGCCAGUAGGAAAGGUCAAAUGUGUGGGCUUGGGGUUUGACAGUGCCUUAAUGUUGUGAGUUUCCCUCCCCUUCAGUAGAAAGCAGGAAUUCUGCUUUCAGCUCCACUGUCUGGUCCUGCAGAUGCUGCUCUGCUGGAACCUGAUGUGACACGAGCAUGCACGAGACUGAAUAAAUGUUUUAUGAGAUGUCUGACCCAAGGGGAAUUUUGUUUUAUAAAAGCUGUCAACAAAUAAAAAUUGUGAAGUGA